AUGCUGAACUACACCACUUGGUUGGUGUCCAAAAUUGAUCCAAUCAAGUACAUCAUUGAAAAGCCCGCUGCCACUGGAUGGAUCUCUCGGUGGCAGGUUCUACUGUCGGAAUUUGACAUUCUUUAUGUCACUCAAAAGGCGAUAAAGAAGAGUGUCUUGGCAUAUUACCUGGCUCAACAGCCCAUCAAUGACUACCAGCCUAUGCAUCCAGAAUUCCCUGAUGAGCACAUCAUGACCUUGUUCGAGGAGGAAGUAGAGGAUGAAGAUAGGGACAAAUGGAUUGUGUGGUUUGACGGCGCGUCUAAUGCACUAGGCCAUGGAGUUGGGGCGGUUUUUGUUUUCCCCGACGAACAAUAUAUACCUUUCAUAACUAGGUUGGGUUUUGAUUGCACAAACAAUAUAGCUGAGUAUGAGGCGUGCGCCCUUGGGAUCCAAGCGACAAUUGACUUCAAGAUCAAGUUGCUCAAGGUCUACAUCAGGAAGUUGAUAGAAUUCUUUGAUGACAUAUCCUUUCAUCACAUUCCUAGAGAGGAGAAUCAGAUGGCCGAUGCCCUUGCCACUCUAGCGUCCAUGUUCCAACUAACCCCGCACGAGGAUUUUCCGUACAUCGAAUUCAGAUGUCGUGGAAAGCCUACGCAUUGCUGCUUGAUAGAAGAAGAGCAGGGUGGUAAACCUUGGUACUUCGAUAUCAAACAAUACAUCGAAGACAAGGAAUACCCACAGGAUGCCUCUGACAAUGACAAGAGAAUGUUGUGA